CAUUGGGAGGGGCUGAUUUGGGGUGUUGUGAAUUCGUGUAGCAAAGAAAUCUUGAGUGGGAGUUGUCGGACCGAUUUGUUGUCGCAGUUUUGUCCGUCGAUUCGCACCGAUUACCACCGCGCCAGCCGCAGCCAUGCCCGGGAUAGAGAAGCUGCCGAUAGAGGAGACGCUGGAGGACAGUCCGCAGACGCGUUCUCUGCUGGGAGUGUUUGAAGAAGACACUGCAGCCAUGUCCAACUACUGCACACAGCUCUAUCAGGCCAUGCAGAGGAUUUACGAUGCACAGAAUGAACUGAGUGCUGCCACACACCUGACCUCUAGACUGCUGAAAGAGUACGACAAACAGCGUUUUCCUCUAGGGGGCGAUGAUGAAGUGAUGAGCUCCACCCUGCAGCAGUUUGCCAAAGUCAUUGACGAGUUGAGUUCCUGCCAUGCUGUCUUAUCCACCCAGCUUGCAGAUGCCAUGAUGUUUCCCAUCACUCAGUUUAAAGAGAGAGACCUGAAAGAGAUCCUCACUCUGAAAGAAGUCUUCCAAAUAUCCAGUGAUGAUCAUGACACAGCCAUAAACAGAUACAGCCGUCUGUCCAAGAAGAGAGACAACGACAAGUUGCGGGCGGAGGCUGUGGAGGAUGUCUACACCUCCCGCAAGAAACAGCACCAGACUAUGAUGCACUACUUCUGCUCGCUUAACACACUACAGUACAAGAAGAAGACGGCUCUGCUGGAGCCGCUGCUGGGUUACAUGCAGGCCCAGAUCAGUUUCUUUAAGCUGGGUUCAGAAAAUCUCACCCAGCAGUGGGAGGACUUCCUGGGAACCAUAGGAACCAGUGUCCAGAAUGUACGUCGGGAGAUGGAGGAGGAGGUUGGGCAGAUGCAGCAGACGAUCCAGGACAUGGAGAGAUCAUGUGACCCGCUGUAUGCACCAUGUGACCCUGACCCCUCCCACUCACCUGUGUGUCGCAACCUGACUAGGAAACAGGGCUAUCUGUACAUCCGCAAUAAAACAGGGCUGGUGUCGUCGUCCUGGGAGCGGCAGUACUUCUUUACGCAGGGCGGUAAUCUGAUGCAGCAGGGCCGGGGUGAGGUGGCAGGCGGGCUGGUAACAGACCUCGACAACUGCUCCGUUAUGGCGGUCGACUGUGACGACCGCCGCUUCUGUUUCCAGGUCACUUCCUUCGAUGGCAAGAAGGUUGUGACUCUACAGUCGGAGAGCAGGAAGGACUGCGAGGAGUGGAUCUCCACCAUCAACAACAUCUCCAAAAGGAUCUACCUGAGUGAAAACGCAGAGGAGCUGGCAGCCAGAGUGAACCAAUCAGCUCUUGAAGCUGUGACACCAUCGCCGUCCUUCCAGCAGAGACACGAGAGCAUGAGACCCAGCAGUAAAGGGCGUGCUGGCCGAGCAAGCAGUAUUAGCUCUGUGGGCUCAGAGCCGUCACCUGCCCUUUCUGUGCUCUCACUGGAUGCUCUGGUCGAUCCGGAAACACCCAUCCAGUUUGAUAUAAUUUCCCCCGUCAGCGAGGAGAACUCAGGACAGAGCAAGACGGCAGCACAGUCCGGCAGAAGAAGUAAUCCAUUUGGAGAGUCAGGAGACAGCACUUCAGAAGACAGCGAAGACUCGAUCCUCCACCAGCUCUUCAUUGUUCGCUUCCUGGGCUCCAUGGAGGUGAAGACUGUCGAGUCAAUAGACGUCAUCUCUGAGACCAUGAGGCAGAUCCUUGCAGCCAGAGCCAUCCACAACAUCUUCAGGAUGACUGAAUCACACCUGCUGGUCACCUGUGACUGCCUCAAGCUCAUUGAUCCUCAGACACAAGUCACUCGACUCAGGUUCCCUCUCUCCACUGUGGUUCAGUGUUCAUCUCAUCAGGACAACAAGAGGUUGUUUGGUUUCGUUCUGCAGCCGGCAGGCGGGCGGGGCGACAGCCGAGCCGUCUGCUACAUCUUCGAAUCCAACAACGAUGGAGAGAAGAUAUGUGACAGUAUCGGUCUGGCCAAGCAGAUAGCCUUCCACUCUGAGAUGGACCGUAAGGCUGUGGAGAAGAGGAAGGAGCAGGACAAGGCCAAAGAGAAACAACAGGAAGAGCUCAGCAAACAGAGACAGAUAGAGAAGGAUCUAGAGGAGCAGAGCCGUUUGAUCGCAGCCUCAAGUCGCCCCGCUAACCUGCCUGGCUCUGACGGACAAUUCCUAGUGCUUAGCAACAGCCAGUCGGAGGACAGUGACGCCGGGGAGGAGGGGAAGAAGAAGGGCGAGUCUGAAGCCUAACAAAAAGCAUGGAGGAUGCAUGUUUUUACCACCCAGGCAAAUCCCAGCUGGUACUGUCAAAGCAACAGCUCAGGAAUCAGAGGAGGAGAACAACACCCGCCCGCCUGGGCUGCUUGGGACUGAAAAACAUGUGCUCCCUCUUUGCUGGACUCUGUUUGUGGUGGAGCUUCUGAAAACAGAGGAGAAACGCACCCUCGCUAUAAGAGGAGGAGGGGAGUACUGUCAGACGCUGCUUUUUAUACGGGCUCCACAGAUAUAGAUUAACCUGCAAGUUUCUGUUUUUUUAUGUUUGUUUUAUAAAAAGAGAUAACGUCUACAACAUACGAGUAGUCAAAGCAAAGACACGUGCAGAAUAAUGAACAAGGAUCAGGACAUGUGGGAGAAGUCAGAUUUGGACAGUGUCGACUUUUGCUCAAGAGCAAGGUGACGGUUUGGCCACUCAGAGAUUCAGAAGGGCAACAAAACACCUCAGUGUGGACGGCCAAAAAGUUUGAGACAGAAUGUUGUAAACAAAGAGAGAGAGAGAGAGAGAGAGAGAGAGAGAGAGAGCAUGGAGUCUUAUUUUGAAAUGUCCUUCCUGUUGUGUCCAGUUUCACUGCAGAAUUAACUUGAAAAGUCUUGAAUCAUCAUCACAGUAGAGCCUCAACAAUUAGCUACUAGUCGAUAAAAAGGAACCUCGGAUGUGUCUCCAGCUUCUCAAAUGUGAGAAUUUGUUGUGGGUUUUCAGAUUUUUUAUAGACCAAUCGACUAAUUUGAAAAGAUGAUCAGGAGAUUAAACAAUUAUAAAAAGUAAUUGUCCGUUGAUCAAGUUUACUGUAGUUUAGUUUAGUUUGCUGAUAUGAACUGAAGGCAGCGGCAGCAGCUGUAUGGAAGGUGAAAAGAAGCUUAUUCAGAGGUCGACAACGUCAUCCAGGCAGCGUGGAUUUGGUGAUUCACAGGUCAAAAGAUAUUCUAGACGUCUUAGGUUAAAAAUGGGCUGAAUUUGGUGGUCCAAAUGUUACAGGCUUAUGGUUAGAAUGGUAGAGCGUGCACCCCAUGUUAAUUGCUGCAGCAGUCCAGGGUUCAUUUCCAGUCUGUGGCUCUUUGCAUGUCAUUCCCCCUCUCUCUCAAGCUUUAUUUUCUGAUAGAGACAGCUGAAGAGUGACAGGAAUGUGGGGAGAGAGAGAUGGGGAAUGACAUGCGGAAGCCACAGGUCGGAUUUGAACCCUGUGCUGCUGUGGCAAUGACUGAGCCUUCGUACAUGGGGUGGCUGCUCUACCAACUGAGCUCCCUCAACACCCCGUUCCCCCUCUCUCUUGAACUUUCUUAACUGUCAUCUGAACAUUGUCAACAUAAAGGUUCAAAAUCCCCCCAAAAGAAUCCUGGUUAGGGUUGAAAAACAUCAACAUUGACUGGAGGAAAGAGUGAACAAACAGUAUUCUCAGUCACUCGCUUUGUUGACCUGUUCAUCCUCUAGAGGUCCUUGUCAGGUUAAUGUAAAUUAACCAUCCAUCCAUCACCGUAGGGGUGUCCACCAAAAAACGGUAGCAAACCUGCGGCGGAGAAGUUGAGCCGGAAAAACGCAGCCUGGCAUCACACUGUGGCUGCCAAUCAGACGAUCUGACUGGUCAAACUUCCACAGUCAGCCUGAAAUGUCUCUGAAACUGAGACUCUAAACUCUGAUACUCUACCUGUUGUGUUCUUUGUUUAUUUCAUGUACCCAGCUUCUAAAUGUGCCUGGCUCACAAUUUAUGCUGCAAUAUAGUGACACGAAGAAGUUAAAAUUGGUUUGCGUCUAAUGGUUUGAGAGAAAAAAAGCAAGCUGUGGUCCAGCGACAUGGACAGUGAAUGACAGAGAGGGAGUGCAGGAUUCUGUCUGAAUGUAUCAGGGUUGCGGGCGAGUCUACGGGCAAUUUAGAGUUACAAAUUAAAUUAAUUAAAAGUGGAUUAUGGGAGGAAGCCUUGAGUACCCGAAACAUGCAAACGCCACAUAGAAAGGCCCUAGCUGAUGUUCGAAUUAGGAACCAUCUUGGUGUGAGGCGCCACCGUAUUUUAUAAAGUAUGAUUGCAGUUUCAACGGGGAUAUUUGAACAUAUUAUAAUCUGCUUCACUGCGAGAUAUAGUCUAAUGCUGUUAAAACAAAAGUUAACUUUUCAACCCAUCCCAGUUUUUACCAGAUGUCCGACUUAUUGACCUGGAAAUCAUUAAAUGAGUGCUCCCUGAUUUAAUAUCUGAUAUUGUUGACUGUGAUUUUAUACGAAAACACUGGUAUUGAAGACAAAAUUAUUUACUAUUUUAAAAUAUUGACCACUGAAACUCCUGCACUACAUUUUCCUUCCAUGAUUGAAACACCUGACUCGCUCAGGAGAGCUCAGCAGAUCACUUGGGGUCAAAGGUUGACUCUUAUUUCUUUGAUGACAAUAUUUCAGCCCUGACCUCCUUUUUCUGUGCCAAUAUUAACCGAUAUUAACAUAUCGUUAUCUAUGCUUUGUCCAAGUACCCCCAGCAUCUCGUGCCGUUUUUGUAUGCGGUGUGCGUUAACAUGUUGUCAGGAGUCCUUCGUCUUGCUGGCGCUGAUGUGAAGGUGGUUGAACGAGUAGUUGCAUGAAAGUAGUGCUCAUUAAUAAGAAUCGUAUACCGUCCAACCAACUGUUUACUGAUUUAAGGCCUCGGAAAAGACCCAGAGAUGCUUCACACCGGCUCUGUUUUAUUGUGGAACACUUGUUUGACAUUUGAAAAACUUGAGAUCUGUCAACACAAGCACAAAUAUGAUCAAUUACUCUCAUCACAUUGACUGUAUCUUCAUUUUAAAAGCAUCUUCUCUGACAUCUGACAUCAGUAUAUUCAUCUGUGCUUUGACAAGUGUUAAUGAGGGUCAUUGUUUGAUUCAUUAAUCUGCCUUCAUCCAGAGUGAAUCACACAUUUUAUCUGUAGGAACACAUCCAAAUAUGCUUCAGAUCGGAUGGCGAUAUUUCUAAAUCAGCAGUUUGAUGAUGAUUAUUAUUAUUAUUUUUAAUGUGUUUCUUUGGGAGGAUGUUUUCUCACUGUAACCAGGUGAAGGACUCGUGUCGAUGGAGCUGCACUUUACUGACGCAGGAAAACACGACAGGAUCGAUGGUGUUGAGCUGUAAAUAUGUUCCAGCGAUAAUUGUUUCAGUGUCAUGAAUAAUAAUAAUGAUAAAAAAAAUGCUUUUCAGUGAUAAAUAAAGCACUAACUCCA